AUGACACCACUAAUUGGGCUCAUCAUCGAAGGCAGCACGCUCGAAGGUGGCGGCCAACUGCUCCGCAACACCGUCGCGCUCUCUUCUUUGCUUUGCAAACCCGUCACGAUACAACAUAUUCGAUAUAACAGACGGCCGCCUGGGCUGAAGAAUCAGCAUGUCGCAGGUAUACGCCUAGCUGCAGAGAUUAGUGGAGCGAAACUAACAGGCGACAAGAAUGGGUCUUCGACUAUAACCUUCCAUCCUGCUGCGACAGGACCACGCCUUCCCGGAUUCUUCACCGCAGAUCCUGGGACAGCAGGCUCGACGGCCCUUCUCCUCCAAAUCGCCCUCCCAUGUCUCCUCUUCCCACCUCCAUCACCUCUAUCUGUCAAGCCUACAAGCUCGACCGAGGACCCGCAGAGUCCUACUUUCUCAUCGUUGACAUCUUCGCUAACGCUUCGAGGUGGAACAAACGCUUCCAAUGCACCUCAGAUGGACUACACCGCCAAUGUCUUCUUCCCCUUUCUCAAACGCCACUUUGGCCUCUCGCCCCGGCUUAAAAUCGUCAAACGGGGGUAUUACCCAAAAGGUGGCGGAGAGGUCCACGUCGAGAUGGAUCCAGUGGAGGGCCCGUUACCCGCAGUUCGAUUAUUGGACAGGGGCGAGAUCAUAUCCGUGCAAGGACGAGCAUACGUAGCCGGCCUUCCCGCCUCCCUCGCCUCCGAAAUCGCCUCCUCUGCCCUCUCUACCUUAACCCAGUCCUCCCCCUCUCUGCAUCUCGACCCCUCCCUAAUCUCAAUAACCCCCCUCCGCGAAUCUCCCUCCCAAGCCCACGGUUCCGGUUCCGGCCUGAUCCUCUGGGCCACAACGUCCACAGGCUGUCGUUUUGGGGCCUCAUCACUCGGUGCGAAGGGGAAAGGGAUGGACGUCGUGGGGAGAGAGGCAGCGGAGGAGUUGAUCAGUGCGCUAGAGCCUAGGGUGGGCGGGGAGAUGAGUUGUACGGAUGAGUGGUUGCAGGAUCAGGUUGUGUUGUUUAUGGCGUUGGCGGAGGGGGAGUCUGUGGUGAGGACGGGAGAGUUGACGUUGCAUACGAAGACGGCGAUAUGGGUCGUGGAACAGAUGACGGAUGCGAAGUUCACCAUCGAAGAAGAGCCAAGUGGGACGGUCCUCAUGCGUUGCAGAGGCAUCGGCAUGACCGCUUCGUCUCGUUCAGCUUCUCAGUCGCAAUCGGCGUGA